UGUAAAUAGUGCCUUACUCUACGCUCAUCGAAGCGGUGCCUCGGAAAGUCAUCGAGGGUAUCUACGACACAACAACAACAACAUGGCGCUUGGCGGUUUCAAUCGUCUUUUCCGUUCAUGUGGACAGAAAGUCAUUGGUUUUAUAGGAAUGUUCGGCAGUUUAAGAUAUCUGUCACAGACCAACUGUAUGAAAGACAUUCAGCGACAGAUCAGUGCCGAGGAGGACAAACACAGUGAACACAUUACAACAAAUGACUCAAUCAGGCAUGCUUUUUCUUGGAUUGGCAGUGAGACUCCAUGUUUUGGUAUUAAUGGCCAUCAAGUACAGGUCCUACAACAACCAGAUCAGUUUUAUGAAACAUUAAAGAUCAGAGUGAAGCAGGCAAAGAAAAGAGUGGUUCUUGCCUCGCUCUACCUAGGAACUGGAAUCCUGGAACAGGAACUGGUGAAUAACAUACGCGAGGCCUGUCUCGAAGCCCAGAGAAACAAUGAUGAGGACUUCGAGGUGCAUGUACUGUUGGACUUUGUCCGUGGUUCACGUGGACAUGAGAACUCAUCAAGAACAAUGCUGACACCACUCUUAAAAGAAUUCAAGGGAAUGGUUCAUGUCCAUCUUUUUCACUCUCCCAAUCUGCGUGGUCUGCUACGCUCCCUACUGCCACAGCGAUUUGACGAAAUUGUAGGAUUGCAUCACAUGAAAAUGUAUUUGUUUGAUGACAGUUUCAUCAUCAGUGGGGCAAAUCUAAGUGAGUCUUACUUCACCGAUCGACAGGACCGCUACAUCUUGUUCAAUGAUUGUACAGAGAUGGCCAACUUUUUUUCGACUUUGGUGAAGGGUGUAACUGCUUCCUCUUUUGUCCUCCACUUUGACAAUACUGUCACUUUAUCACCACAUUGUGACGCUCAUCCUUUUGAUGACAAAGAUGAUGGUGAAGGGUACAAGAAAGAGGCCCGCCAGAGGAUCCUAGAUAUUGUUAGAGAUGAGAUGAGUAAAGCACAUCUGCCAAGGGAUGAUGUGGACACCUGGGUGUACCCUCUAAUACAGAUGGGCCCCCUAGGCAUCCAGAAUGAUGAACAAGUUAUGAAACGCAUGUUAAGAAAAGCCAGGAAGGAGGAGAAGUUGCUGCUGGCUUCUGGAUACUUCAACUUGACAGACGACUAUAUGCAGAUUAUUCUACAAGAAACGGAUGCUCAAUUUAAAAUCUUAAUGUCUUCACCAGAGACAAAUGGAUUCUUUGGUGCGAAAGGUGUGUCUGGGGCAGUGCCUUUCGUUUAUGUGCAGACUGCUAAGGAGUUUUACAACAGGAUUUGUCAGGGCGACCAGAAAUCACGAAUACAGCUGCAGGAAUACUUCCACGAGACUUGGUCUUUCCAUGUGAAGGGCCUAUGGUACUAUCUCAGCCACUCCAACCUCCCUGCCAUGACAAUUAUUGGCUCCAGCAACUUUGGUCACAGAUCGGUGUACCGAGACCUUGAAUGCCAGGCUGUUGUAGUUACAGAAAACACUAACCUUCAGAAUCAACUCAAAAAGGAGCAUGAGGAUUUAUACCAGAGGUCAUCUACUAUUACUGCCGACACAUUCCAGCAACAGAAUCGUUAUGUACCGCUGUGGGUGAAAUUUGUCACAAGGACUUGCCGUACCUUUUUUUAAACAUGAUGUGGAGCUAGUAAUGUAUAUAUUUUAAUGUCCUAAUUAUUUGUUUCCUGAUUUUGGAUUCACUGGGUGUCUCGUACAUGUCUUCAGUCUGGUAAUAUAAUACUGAUGUGAACUAAAAAAGUUCAUAACAUGAUAAUAAAUUUUCCAUUGUUUGUAUGCAGAAUGCGGCUUUCUGAUUGGUCGAGAUUUUUUUUCAUACCUCUGCACAUUGAUUUUCGAAAUAGAAUCCCAUAUAAGAUCAGUUAAAUUGUAAAUAAAACAUGUUCUAAUUUUGAAAAUCAAUUUUAAAAAUGAAUUAUAAGCGUUGAUGUCAAUUUUUUUUAGUUUCAUAGGGGUAUGGAAAAAAAUUGUUUGCCAACUUUUGUAAAGAUCUGCUACGCGGAUUCGUACAGAUUGCAAAAUUUGCAAAAAUACAAAGGAUUUUAACAUAGAACUAUUAAUUUUUUAAAAUUUAAGUUUAAAAUUAAUUAUAAGCGUUGAUGUCAAUUAUUUUUUAGUUUCAUAGGGAUAUGGAAAAAAUUUUGUUCGCCUACUUUUGUUAAGAUCUGCUACGCAAAUUCGUACAGAUUGCAAAAUUUGCAAAAAUACAAAGGAUUUUAACAAAGAACUAUUCAAAGGUAAUUGAACUUUUUCACAUUUAAACCCAUAGAUAUUUAUAUUCACUACCAGAUAAAGAGUUAAUGCUCAUUUCUCAAAUGAACUACUAACUGUACUAUAUGGAUGUACAUUCAUUACUAUCAGUGGUGUUAAGAGGUUCAUUACUGAUAUACACUGUGUGGGAACCAUGUGGUAUUGUACAUGCCAAGAAAAUGUCCAAAUGUCUUACUGUAACAGUACUGGGCUAAACACCAGUGGCCAGGUAGCUGGUUAGAGUGUCUGUUACGAGAACACUAGUGGCCAGGUAGCUGGUUAGAGUGUCUGUUACGAGAACACCAGUGGCCAGGUAUCUGGUUAGGGUGUGUGACGAGAACACCAGUGGCCAGGUAGCUGGUUAGAGUGUCUGUUACGAGAACACCAGUGGCCAGGUAGCUGGUUAGAGUGUGUUACGAGAACACCAGUGGCCAGGUUGCUGGUUAGAGUGUGUUACGAGAACACCAGUGGCCAGGUAGCUUGUUAGAGUGUGUUACGAGAACACCAGUGGCCAGGUAGCUGGUUAGAGUGUCCGUUACGAGAACACCAGUGGCCAGGUAGCUGGUUAGAGUCUGUUACGAGAGCACCAGUGGCCAGGUAGCUGGUUAGAGCUUGUUAUGAGAACACCAGUGGCCAGGUAGCUGGUUAGAGUGUCUGUUACGAGAACACUAGUGGCCAGGUAGCUGGUUAGAGUCUGUUAUGAGAACACCAGUGCGCAGGUAGCAGGUUAGAGUCUGUUAUGAGAACACCAGUGGCCAGGUAGCAGGUUAGAGUCUGUUACGAGAACACCAGUGGCCAGGUAGCUGGUUAGAGUGUGUUACGAGAACACCAGUGGCCAGGUAGCAGGUUAGAGUGUCUGUUAUGAGAACACCAGUGGCCAGGUAGUUGGUUAGAGUGUGUUAUGAGAACACCAGUGGCCAGGUAGCAGGUUAGAGUCUGUUAUGAGAACACCAGUGGCCAGGUAGCAGGUUAGAGUGUCUGUUACAGGAACACCAGUGGCCAGGUAGCUUGUUAGAGUGUCUGUUAUGAGAACACCAGUGGCCAGGUAGCAGGUUAGAGUCUGUUAUGAGAACACCAGUGGCCAGGUAGCUGGUUAGAGUCUGUUAUGAGAACACCAGUGGCCAGCUAGCAGGUUAGAGUCUGUUACGAGAACACCAGUGGCCAGGUAGUUGGUUAGAGUGUGUUAUGAGAACACCAGUGGCCAGGUAGCUUGUUAGAGUGUCUGUUACGAGAACACCAGUGGCCAGGUAGCUGGUUAGAGUGUGUUACGAGAACACCAGUGGCCAGGUAGCAGGUUAGAGUGUCUGUUAUGAGAACACCAGUGGCCAGGUAGCUGGUUAGAGUGUGUUACGAGAACACCAGUGGCCAGGUAGCAGGUUAGAGUGUCUGUUAGGAGAACACCAGUGGCCAGGUAGCUGGUUAGAGUGUCUGUUAUGAGAACACCUGUGGCCAGGUAGCAGGUUAGAGUGUCUGUUACGAGAACACCAGUGGCCAGGUAGCUGGUUAGAGUGUGUUACGAGAACACCAGUGGCCAGGUAGCAGGUUGUGUACAAGAUAUCCAAUGAACUUAUGGACAUAACAUCACAGCAGUGGACAGAUUUAGUUUACACCAUAAUAUCACAUAUCAAAUCAAAUUCUUCUCUUUAUUUUAUUAAAGAGCCCCUGCCCACUUUGCUUUUAUUUUCUACCAUAUAGGACAUAUCAUUGCAGAUUGAAAAAAAUAGAUUUAAUGAAGGCAGCCUUAUAUAACAUUGUCUGGAAAAAGUGUGAAUAAUAUGAUAGCUUGUUUUUAGGAAUUAAUUUCAUUAUUAAGCCAUUACAUGAGGUAGGAUAGUAUAUCUACCCUAUAAUUCAUGUAUAAUGGACCAUUCAGGAGGAAAUGAUGAUAUUAUUAGAGAAAGUAAGGGAAGUCCUUGUGGCAGCUGAGACAGUAAAGAAGAUCCUUAUGGGUUUGAGAGUAAGAGAACUCC